GCUAAUUUGGUGUUUGAAGUUCUGCUAUCAAGUUGUGGUACUAUGGCAAGUGAGGAGCCGCGGAACCAUCAGGGCGGCUACAACAGUGGUGGAGGUGAACGCGAUCGUAGUCGCGACCGUGAACGCGACCAGAAUUGGGAUCGUGACCGUGAUCGAGAUCGUGAGCGGGCACGUGAUGGUGACCGAGAUCGGAAUCAGCGGAAAGGACCGCCUAGAUGCUUCAAGUGCAAUAGCAUCGGGCACUAUGCUAACCAGUGCAGCUGGUUUGAUGCUCCUUCCACUUUCAGAGAUUCUUAUAGAGGACGCUCGACUUCUCCGCGUCGUGGACAUCAGGCGAAGUCGUCUUCCUCCGGAGAAAGCCAGAUGGCAUCCAAUAUUGAGAAGCUAGGACAGAACGUCGCUAGCUUACAGGAGUACGUGAAGCUCGAGCUCUCUAAGAAGAGUAAGAGGGAAGCCAAGAAGAAAGUGAAAGAACUGGCGAAGCAGCGCGAGGAGGAGGAAAGGAUGGAGCGUGAACGACGAAUUGCUCGAAAGGCGGAAAAAGAGAGGAAAGCAAAAGAGAAGAAUUUGAAGUUGGCGAAGAGCGUUGACUUACAACUAUCGUUGAAGAUUGGAGAAUUGCGCGAGGAGAUCCGUCACGAGCUGCGGAGAGUUAUCAAGGGUAAAGCUAAAGACGUCAAACAAGCAUGCAGCAGAAGUACUAGCGAUUCCAACGGGAAUGGUGUCGGCGGAGUUGAUGGUUUGAGCGCCAUGGCAGGGCGGCUGACGAUCAACGAGAAACGAAAGAGAGGCGAAGAGCCCGUAUUUGAGGAUAGCCCUCCUAUGGAGAUUCCUCCGAAACGAACGCCGGCCAAAUGUUCGUUUGUCAAACCAAUCAGGCUGACCUCGCGGUUGAAGUCCCGGACACCGGAGACGAUGUUACGUACGAAGUUGAAGAGGAGGAGCCGACAGGCUUCCAAUAAGAAGAUUCCCGCCGAAUGUGGCGAGUUAGGGCGUCUUCGCUACCUGGAUUCAGUGCGACGUGAUCUGAUCGACUUGGACGCUAAGGCUUUGGAAGCGUUGUGCAAGAAAAUCGGUAUCGAGUAUCGUGGCAAGAUAAACGCCAUCUUUGAUAUUGCCGAUAGUAAAGCCUCCUUGGCUUAUAACUCAGCGGAAGAGUGUGAAGCAACUGAGACAGACCUGGGCAAGGAAGCCUUGGAUGUAGGGAGUGGGAAGGAUGUUGAAGGUAAUGUGGAAGACAGUGAUGAUGAAUCGGAGGCAGCCAUCCACGAGUAGGGGUGCAUGAAUCUGCGGCGUCAACUCCUUUAUCUAUGCAACGUUCGUAAACAGUUGAGCGGCAUCGAUCCUACCAUUGA